GGCGGCGGCGGCGGGGGCUACCAUGGAGGGCCUGGCCGGCUAUGUGUACAAGGCGGCCAGCGAGGGGAGGGUGCUGACCCUGGCCGCCCUGCUCCUGAACCGGUCCGAAAGCGACAUCCGCUACCUGCUGGGCUAUGUCAGCCACCAGGGAGGGCAGCGCUCCACGCCGCUCAUCAUCGCGGCGCGCAACGGGCAUGCCAAGGUGGUGCGCCUGCUGCUGGAGCACUACCGAGUGCAGACCCAGCAGACCGGCACCGUCCGCUUCGACGGUUAUGUCAUUGAUGGAGCCACCGCUCUCUGGUGUGCAGCAGGAGCUGGACAUUUUGAAGUUGUCAAACUUCUAGUCAGUCAUGGAGCCAACGUGAACCAUACUACAGUAACCAACUCAACACCCUUGCGGGCUGCAUGCUUUGAUGGCAGAUUGGACAUCGUUAAAUAUCUGGUAGAAAAUAAUGCCAACAUCAGCAUUGCCAACAAAUAUGACAACACUUGCCUUAUGAUUGCAGCUUAUAAAGGACACACGGAUGUGGUCAAGUAUCUUUUAGAACAACAUGCGGAUCCCAAUGCCAAAGCACAUUGUGGGGCUACGGCAUUACACUUUGCAGCAGAAGCUGGGCACUUGGAGAUUGUACGGGAGUUGGUGAGGUGGAAAGCUGCAAUGGUGGUGAAUGGCCACGGAAUGACUCCGUUAAAAGUAGCUGCUGAAAGCUGUAAGGCAGAUGUUGUUGAAUUAUUACUUUCUCAUGCUGAUUGUGACCGAAAAAGUAGAAUUGAAGCUUUGGAACUUUUGGGUGCCUCAUUUGCAAAUGACCGAGAGAACUAUGACAUAAUGAAGACAUACCACUAUUUAUAUUUAGCGAUGUUGGAGAGAUAUCAAGAUCGUGAAAACAUUAUUGAAAAAGAGGUUCUUCCACCCAUUGAUGCUUAUGGAAAUAGAACUGAAUGCAGAAAUCCUCAGGAACUAGAGUCCAUUAGGCAAGACAGAGAUGCUCUUCACAUGGAAGGCCUGAUAGUUCGUGAACGGAUUUUAGGCUCAGACAAUAUUGAUGUUUCUCAUCCUAUCAUUUAUCGGGGGGCUGUUUAUGCUGAUAACAUGGAAUUUGAACAGUGUAUCAAGUUGUGGCUUCAUGCUUUGCAUUUGCGGCAAAAAGGUAACAGAAACACUCACAAAGAUCUUUUAAGGUUCGCUCAAGUUUUCUCACAGAUGAUUCAUCUGAAUGAACCGGUAAAAGCCAAGGACAUAGAAAGUGUUUUGAGAUGUAGUGUUUUAGAAAUAGAACAAGGGAUGUCUAGGAUGAAAAGUACUCAAGAUGCUGAUAUACACACCGCCUUGGACAACUAUGAAUGCAAUAUUUUUACCUUUUUAUAUUUGGUGUGCAUCUCCACAAAAACACAGUGCAGUGAGGAAGAUCAGUCAAGAAUUAACAAGCAGAUUUACAACUUGAUUCACCUUGAUCCCAGAACUCGAGAAGGGUCAAGCUUAUUGCAUCUUGCUGUCAACUCUAAUACCCCAGUAGAUGACUUCCACACAAAUGAUGUCUGCAGCUUUCCCAAUGCACUAGUCACUAAACUGCUUUUAGACUGCGGUGCUGAGGUGAAUGCUGUUGACAGUGAGGGAAAUAGUCCCCUUCAUAUUAUUGUUCAGUACAACAGGCCUAUCAGUGAUUUUUUGACCUUGCAUUCUAUCAUCAUUAGCCUAGUGGAAGCUGGCGCUCACACCGACAUGACAAACAAACAGAAGAAGACUCCGCUAGACAAAAGUACAACGGGGGUGUCUGAAAUAUUACUUAAAACUCAAAUGAAGCUGAGCCUUAAGUGCCUGGCUGCCCGAGCAGUUCGGAUUUAUAACAUUAACUACCAAAACCAGAUCCCCAGAACUCUUGAAGAGUUUGUUGAAUUUCAUUAGGUGACUGGAUAUGUAAAAUCUUUAAAUGUGGUGCUAAAAAAGUAAAGGACUUUAAUCACAGACAAUAGAAUUACGUGUUUAUAAAUUCUACUUCUCUAUCCACUACCCUUCCUUUCCCUUGGUCCUAUCCUUAGUUCUAUAUUUGGUCUCUUGCUCAGACAGGAGUCAAUUACAAAUAACAUCCCAAGGAAAACCUUGGUAUAACCAUAAUAUAGUGUCUUUGGAUAUUGGUCAGGUUACCUCUCCCUGCCUCUUUUUUAAAGGAACAAAUAUAAAAUAUUUUGUUUAAUCGUACUAAGGUACAUUUAUGAUUUGCAGUUGAUAAUGUUUUAAACAGCUAUGUACAAAGGUAUUUCUGUUUAAAAGCCUAUCUCAACAUGUGAUCUAUGCAGCAGUUUUGAGGAUUUAAGUUUUCUUUUAGAGAAAAGGAAGAACUAGAAAAUAACAUGAUAAAAGUAAUCCAGUGAUUCAGUGAAGUUGCCCAUUAUGGUUGUCAGUUCACACAAACAAUUGGCAGGUUUUUUUUUUUUUUUUUUCCCACUCUUCCAGUGAUCUUUUUUUU